AUGACCGACGCGGCUGUGAACAUUCUCGCCAACAUGACGCAAGAAGCAGACCCACCUUUGACAGCAACUGAAGAUGCAGGUGCUGUCGCUUGGGUGUUGACGUCAACAGCCUUGGUCUUUUUGAUGACGGCAGGGCUUGGCUUCUUUUAUGGAGGCCUGGUCCGCGACACCAACAUUAUCAACACCAUGAUGAUGAGUGUGGUCUCCAUGGGCAUUGUCACACUGACUUGGGUGGUGUUUGGCUUCUCAUGGGCCUUUGGAGACAACGGCGAGACUGGCAUUGGUCUAUUCAUUGGCAACUUUGACUACAGCUUUUGGACGGGUCUAGACAUGAAGAACUGGGACACUCUUCCAGGGCUUGCCUUCGCCUCGUUCCAGAUGACGUUCGCCAUAAUCGCCAGCGCCAUCAUCUCCGGAUCCUUGGUGGAGCGUGUGCGCUUCAGCGCAUACUGCAUCAUGCUGGCCCUUUGGUCCCUUCUGAUCUACGCACCUUUGUGCCACUGGGUUUGGGGACCUGGUGGCUGGAUUGGUCAGCUGGGAGCUCUCGACUUUGCAGGUGGAACCGUGGUCCACAUCAGCUCAGGUGUGUCCGGCCUCGUUGCCGGUGCAAUCCUCGGCCCACGCAAGCACGUUGAGAAGGACCUGGGUCCGGCCAACGCCCCCUUCGUGAUCUUGGGUGGCUGCCUCCUUUGGUUUGGCUGGUUGGGAUUCAACGGUGGCUCUGCUCUGUCCACCACGGACGGAGUGGCAGCACGUGCAGUGGCCACCACUUUCGUGGCUGCGGCUUCCUCCAUGCUGACCUGGCUGGCGCUUGAGCGUAUCCUGAAGGGCAAGUCAACCAGUGUGGGAGCAUCUGUCGGUGCGGUUGCAGGUCUCGUGGUCAUCACACCCGCAGCCGGCUUUGUGACACCUGGCUGGAGCAUUGCCAUUGGCGCCUUGGGCGCUCCUUGGUGUUACCUCACUGUUGAGGCAGUGAACAGGAUCAACUUGGUGGAUGACACUCUUGACGCCUUCGGCUUGCACGGCUCUGGUGGCUUUGCGGGUGCCAUUUUGACGGGCAUCUUUGCGGUUGACGAAGGCCUCAUCUACAGCGGUAGCUUCCUGCUGUUGGGCAAGCAGAUUGCUGGUGCACUGGCUGGUGUGGCCUUCUCUGCUGUGGGCACUGCCAUCAUCGUGGGAGUCAUGAGGCAGACCGCCGAGCGUAUCCUCACGGAGAUGAUGAACGUGGAUUUGAGCAUGGGCGUGACGACCGUGUACCGCAAGGAGUUGGUAGAGUGCAAGGUGACCACGCCUGACAAGGCUCUUCAGGAGAAGGUUGGCUUGCCAACCAUGCAGGAGUGGAGCUCGACGGACCCACAGGGCAACACGAAGUUUUUCCAGUGGCUCACAGAAGCGCAGGCAGAAGCCCAGAAGGUCAAGCUUUCUGUGCAUGGCUCGCACAUCUCCACGCUCGUGCGGGCACCCAUUGGCCUGGACGAGGAGGCUCUGAAGGAGUACUUGAAGUCUUGCGGGAUUGACAUCACCAAGUUCGGUCAGGAUGGCACGAAGAGCUUAAAGGAGUUCUCCUCCGAGUUGAUCAAGGGCGAGACACGCCUUCUGCAGGUGCCCAGCGGCGAAAUCCUCGUCAUCACCGAGGUCGUGAUGAUGAUCCUCCAGAAUCCGGAGACGAAAGAGACGCUGGUGCAGACGGGCCAGGUCUGGCCGGAUGGCAAGACGAGCAACCAGGCACGCAUCCCGGGCGCCAAGCGCCGGCCGGACGAGAACCAAUUCCUCUGUGCGCGGCGAAUCCUCAAAAGGCAGUUGGAGAUCGACGAGAAUGCCGUGCGAAUCUCUCAAGAGGUGGGCUACAUCGAAGAGGAUCGAAGCUCCAAGAGUUACCCUGGCCUCAAGACGGUCUACCGAAAACGCAUCAUCAAGGGAGAGGUCAUUCCAGGUGCAUGA